AUGCCUAUCAAACAUCUGGACGGCUAUCUCGCAGAGAGGAAACAUCUGCAGACCCACCCACUCUCCAUUCUCUCAGACUCACGCCUCGGCAUCGAUGCGUCGUACUAUCUCGGGCUGCUGAACGACAACCCACCUUCUCGGGAGCCUCUCCUCGCCGCUACUGGAGGUCUACCGCUCGCUCUGACAGUGCGGAUCGAGUCUGACCUCCGGGUCCUCGAAAAAUUGCAUAUCAAACCUGUUUUUGUCUUCCCUGGUCUUGUGCCCAACCGUCGACUGAAACCACAACACCAACACUAUGAAUACAAUGAGGCCUGCAGGGAUAGGCGUGAAGCUUGGACCAAGUACGAGGCCGGCCAGGAGGAGACGGCAACAAAACUGUUCGAGGGGAGGAGCAAUUUACACCAGUGGGACCUCUGGAAGAUGGUCCUCAGAAUUUUCAGACAUCGCAACGUGGAGUUUAUUGUUGCGCCAUACGUCGGAUGGGCACAGUUGAUUUACCUGCAGCGACAUCCUAAGUCGUAUAUCCAUGCCAUAUUCGGGCCAACCGACACUCUUCUGUAUCCUGGAGUUGACAAAGUCAUCACAUCCUUGGAUCUUGUCUCUGCGAACCCGUCGUUUACCUUCGUUUCCAAGCGCUCCAUUCUCAGUGAUCUUAGUGUAUCGGAAGACCAAUUUUUGGAUAUUGGUAUUUUACUUGGUUUCGAUCACUCGCCAUCGUUCCCUCCUACUGUCCACGAACAGGCGUUGAAGGCGACAGUCGACAUGGUCAAGUACUACAAGUCGGGUCAUGCAGCCGUGUCCGCUUUUUCGGAGCAGCCACAAGUCAAGUCCAUCCAAUAUCCGGACCACUACGCGCGCACACGUUCCAUGAUCAAGUAUUCUCUCAUUAUGAACUCGGAGGGAGCAGUGACGCCGCUCCCUGUCUCUAUCAAUACAUCCCCUGCCCAUACUCACCAAAAUCACCACCCGCACCAUCCGACCGUCACAGAUAUUCCCCAAGACUUACAUGAUAUCUUCACACACCGGCUGCCGGACGAGAUCUACUUCUACGUGUCGCGUGGCCUAAUGGGCCCCCAAUCUCUCGUUUGGCUUACUUCCGGACAGAUCAUCGAGAACCCACCAUUGGACAAUGGAGAGACUACAGAGUACCGCCGUUUCGUGAAAGAGGUGAUAACGGAGGGCCAGACUGGACCCCGUGCAACGGCCCUCGCCCUAAUUUCCAGUGUUACCAACAGCGCAUGGUCGAACAAGAAGGUUGCGGCUUACUUCUGGUUUGAACAGCCCACGCCGCAGAAGCAGAUUACGCACAAUUCACAGCAGACGGCGCAGCUCGCGGAACGGGUAGUGGGCUGGAAUGUUCCGUAUGCGAUCGUGGAGGAGGAGCUCAGAAGACAGAAUUCUUCGACGAUCGACUUUGCGCUCUGCCUGGGUGCUACUGUGUCGGAGAAACUGGCCGCACGCACCAAGAUAAAGAACGGUCAGGCUGCGAUCUCGAUGUCUCUGGAAAAGAAGGAUGAGCUAGUGGCUAAUGUCAUAUGGCGCUUCCUGGAGCUCAGAGGGUUCCUGCUGAAUACACACACGCAUUCGCCGUUGGCCCGCGCUAUGCACACAGCAAUUCGAAGUGCACGUGUGAACGACAAGUUCCAAGAUUCGUUGUACCUGUUCCUGGAACUGGUCAGAGCUGGCGUGAUGCACGGUAAUCUCUGGUCAGGCCGCGCCUUCAGUGGCGGGCCCAGUUUCGGUACCGAUGAUGAGAAAUCGUGUAUGCUGCUGGUGAUGAGAGUGUUGAGCAUUGUUCCCUUAAACUUCAAGCCCCAGCCCUGGUCUGCACCUCUGUCACGAGAGCUGCUCGUGUUCAACUCAUUUGUCCGUUCCCUCACACGGGCGUUGAGGACGUUGUUGGAGGUGACUUCGCUGAAUAUGCUGCUGCGACACGACGCUCGGCGGGCCCGGGACGAUUAUCUGGAUAUUAACCUAUCACUGCCUUUCCAAUCGGAGGUCAACACCGGGUUUGGGGUGCUUGCCAAGGUCUAUCUGGACGCGCUCACACAUAUCAAUAACCGGCAGCGAGUGCGAGAUCCGAAUGCAGAGGGGGUGAAGGAGGCCAAGCUGAUGGCGCUCGAGAUCUGUGAGGAGACGUUCCCGGGGGUGAAGUUCCCCAAGUUGGAAGUAGAGCGCGGGUUCCGGUUCUGGGAUGUGACGCUGACGGCCAUGAGGCAGCUGCACUCUGAAGGCGCUGUGUUGCGUGAGCUGAUCGACCAGUUUGAAGCAGCCGAGGCGUGGUUGGCGCCGAUGCGACCGUAA